AUGGUCGUACAAGAAGGCAAGAAUCCACCGUGGUGCGCAACGACUGGCUUCAAGAAAUUGGAGGACAAACUCAAGCAGUUGAAGCGCGACCUUCCUGAUCACCUUCAGCUGACCUCGGACAACAACGACGACCGUAGCUACAACUCGCCCGGCAAAUACGUCGCGAUACAUGCAAUGUACACAUUGUGUUUUGUGUGGUUGUACAGAGAGUACAUGCCCACAUCACCAUGGACGUUGACGUAUCCCCGCGGCCCGUUGGAUGAGCCACUAAUUGAUGAGAAACCCCCUGACCCUGACUACUGGAUCAAGCAAGCCAAAGACUGUUGGAAAGCCUGCCUCGACUUCACAACACUACUUCAUACUAUCGAGAACUCACAAGUUCAUAGCAAUUUGGUACAAACGCCAACGGUAGCUUUCUCUUGUUUUGCCGUUGGAAUAGGCACCAUCUACUGCCACUACUUUCCUCACAUGGACCCGGACGACGCCCUCUCAUCUCGUAAAGACCCUAGAGCCCAUGAUAUCGCAAACGGCUUCCUACUACGCAUUCUGAGUCGCUUCAAGAUGGCCCGCUCGUGGCUCAGCCAACUAGCAGAAUGGCAACGAUAUUACCGUCGUGAGAGGAAGAAGUACCGAGAGCUAAGCGGCCAGAUCGACGAUUCUCCAAAGAGCAACUCCAGCGAUGGCGUCGCUAGCGGUGGGUUGAAAGACUAUGCACAGCUCUUCGAAAGAACGCAUAAGCAGUUCGGUGACAUUGCUAACGCUAACGACAACGACGGACAAUGGCCCGACAGGGAUAAGGACCUCGCGGAUACGAGACUGCCGCAUGACGAAGACUCUGCAGAGCGCACUUUGCCUACCAGCGCCGCUUCGGUCAAGCAUGAGAUGCAAGGUGCACCAGAGGAAAAGUCCAGCAACCAGUCCGGCUUCACUGCCGUCAACCACAAUGGUCAACAAACACCUCCAGCUCCUCCUCCAGUCACCCAACCAUCAACCUACGCGCACGGCGGCCGUACACCUUCUUAUGAUCAAAACUCUCAUAUGCGCGCCACGGCACUGACAUCACCGCAACAACCCUACCCAGCAUAUCAGUAUCCCAACUCUCAGCAUCCCCUGAGAAGUCCCUUCCAGCAGUCUGACCCCCGCCAAUCGCCUGUGCCAGCCACCGCAAAUGUCCCGAUACACAGCGUCUACCAACAAUGGCCACAGGCACGACCGCAGGAAUUACAGGAGCAGAAGGUCAACAUGGAGAUUUGCGGCGCUGCUACUUUCCCCAAUGGCUGGGCGGGCGAUGUCAUGAUUGGUGAUAGUGCUCAAGACUUCAAUAAUUGGGGCCAGUAUGGCUUUCCGACUAUUCCGGAUAACUCGGGGUAUUAUCAGUCUGGGUAUUCGUAUCCGCCACAGUAG